AUUGGAUACAAGUAUGAUCCUGUAUCGAUAUUAUUGUACGGUUUACGUAGUUUUAAAGGUUUUCUAUCUGUUUCACAAUGGUGCGAUGUUGUUUUGGUAAUAGUAUUUUAACAAAAGGAUGUGAACGGACAUUUCACAGGUUUCUUUUAUCAGAUAAAUUUAUGUUAGAGCAGUGGCUCAAGCAAAUACCAAUGAAGCAUUGGACACCAAAUAAGGAUAGCCUCCUAUGUUCAGAUCAUUUUACAGAAAAUUGUUUUAACAAAUCUGCAUUUCAAGUACGCUUAAAAUCUGAUAGUGUCCCAACACGUUUUGGAGAUCCACAAACAGCUUGUAUAAUCUGCAAGUGGAAACGUUCACAUGAAUCGAUGCACUCAUUUUUCAAGUUUCCUUUAGAUAAACCUGUACUUCUCAAUAGAUGGCUGGAAAAUAUGAAUUUGUUAAAUUGGACACCUACUCAGUCACUGUGAUCCAUCACCCUCUGAGGAAUGCACGAUUCGUGUUGCACAAGGCAAUGAAAUUACCUUAUAUCAUUAAAUCAAUCAAUAUUUUUGUAUUAUAUUUUUGCAUUUGUAUAGAUACAUUUGUUUGUAACUAUGGCUAUACUUAAUUUAAUUAAGGCCUGGUUGUACAAAAGGGUUUUAAUAUCUCUACAUUACUUUUUUAAUAUUAUAAAGAUUAUUGCUAGCCUUUUCAAUUGUAUUUCAAACGUUUCUUUUGGUAAUACAAUAAAUCUUUAUGAUAUUAAUAAA